ACCCUUCAGGACUGCGCAGACGUAGGCCGUGGAAUAGGUAGAUGGAUACAGUUGGAUCCACGCGUACAACUGAUGAAGGUAGUUACAAGCAGGAACCCGAAUACCCGUUGAGCACUGAUUGCUAGCGCAUGGAACCACGGUAAGGAUGAUCCAUAUGAGCCCGCUCAGGUCCGCCAAGCGCUUGUAUUUCUUAGCACUUUGUAGAACACGAUGCCGCCGGGACCUUCGCUUUUUCUUGGGGUCGCCCUGCUUGUUUCCUUUCUCCGCUACCCGUACUUCAACCAUGCUUUCCGCCCGCUGGACCUCCGUGGAGCUGUGCUGGCCAUGACUGUUGAGCAAAGGUGGCGACGAUAACAAGAAAGACUAGACGAAGUGCGAAUCCGAUCAACCUGCCAGUAUGAUUGGAGCGGCUCUAGUGGGGGCACGGUUUGUCGAAUUACCUAAACGGGCAGCUGCUGGGUAUACAAAUAGUGUGCUCAACCCUUACAUCUAUGAUCCCUCCGAGCACGCCGCCAUUGUCGGCGCCAUCAUUGUCACGCUCAUCUCCAUCUUCUCCGUCUACCAGUACCUCCGCUACCGAUCAUGGUUCUUCUGGGCCGCCAUCAUUGCCAUUUUCAUGCUGACACUCGGAUUCGUCUGCCGUCUUGUCUCUGCUUUCGAUGAGCACAAAAACUCGCCCUUCAUCGUCGCCUGGCUGUUGAUCCUCCUGGCACCUUCCUUCCUGGCUGCUGCCUGCUACACAGCUUUCAGCCGCGUAGUAUGGUUCUCUUGCCCGACAUACGCCCUGAAUUUCAAGACACUGUGGUGCUUUCCAAGAUGGAUCACCCUUACAUUCGUCAGCUUCGACCUCUUCUCCUGCCUCAUCCAACUCGUCGGCGCCUCCCAAAUCAGCCGGGAAUACGACCGCGAUUCCGACCCCUCGCGCUCCAUUGAAUCUUCUGAACGCAAAGCACUACCAGGCCGGGUCAUCCUUAUCUUAGGACUCGUGUUGCAAAUGAUGUGUUUCAUCUCCUUCUCCAUCAUCUCGAUGCGCUACUUCUACAUCUCUCGCCACUGGCGCGCCUUCGACCUGGGCGACAUGAAGCUCUGGCGCAAACUCUCAUAUACUAUCAACGUUUCCAGCAUACUCAUCGCCCUACGAGCCAUCUAUCGAACAAUGGAGAUCCCGCACGAUCAGGACUACGGCCUCAAGUAUCUGCAAAGUAACGAGUGGUGUUUCUGGACGUUCGAUGCGGUUCCAAUAUUCGCCGUAUUGGUUGUGUUUGCGGUGUGGCAUCCUGGGCGCUAUUUGCCGAGGAGCUACACGGGGCUCACCCUAGACAAGGGGAGGGCGAUGAAAGAGAAAGACGAGAUCACAUCAAUGCAUACUGCUCGUCCUGGUGCGGAGCUUAAAGACUUCACGCCUGAGGACUUUCAGGGUGGCAGAGUCGCUACGAGUGUGUGAGGAGGACUGGAGACUGCAUGGUUUGAGGCCAUUGGAUUGAUUCGACACGACAUCAUGUGAUACCAUUGCAUUUAGCGGGUUAGGCGUUUUGGGAUUUCAUCAAGAUGAUACCUUACUCAACGAGUAAACUAUUGGCAUAAUCUACUUCGUACCAUGUUUCCAAUCGUGCCCUUACUAACCUCGAACGUGUUCCAGUGCGCUGGCCUACAUCGUGACGCGGCUUUAGCAUU